GAGAAAACCAACCUAGAGUGAAGAUUUUAAGUGUGGAAGAGUCAACAUCCCCCCCCCCCCAACUGCGGUUAGCAAAUAACCUUCUUCAACACAAUUGAAUCCUCUCGCCGAUAAGACAUUCAACAUGGCUCCCGCCACGCACGACCAUAUCCUGACGCUCUCGUGCCCGGACAAGUCCGGCAUCGUGCACGCCGUGACGGGGGUGUUUGCAGCGCAGAAGCUCAACAUCCUGGACCUCCAGCAGUUCUCCGACCCCGUCUCGGAAAAGUUUUUCAUGCGCGUGCACUUUGGGCCGACUGAGACCGAGUCGACGGAGCACCUCAAGGCCCCGUUCGACGCCCUCGCCGCCGACCUCCAGCUGGACUGGUACCGCAUCCGGCCCGUCGCCCGCAAGUUGCGCACCCUGAUCAUGGUCUCCAAGAUCGGCCACUGCCUCAACGACCUCCUUUUCCGCGCAAAGUCCGGCCAGCUGCCCAUUGAUAUUCCCCUCAUCGUCUCCAACCACAACGAGUUCCAGGGCCUCGCCGGCAACUACGGCAUCGAGUUCCGCCACUUGCCCGUCACCAAGGACACCAAGGCUCAGCAGGAGGAGGAGAUCCUGCGCCUGGUCAAGGAGAAGGACGUUGAGCUCGUUGUUCUGGCCCGCUACAUGCAGGUCCUCUCGCCCAAGCUGUGCGAGGCCAUGUCCGGCAAGAUCAUCAACAUCCACCACUCCUUCUUGCCUUCUUUCAAGGGUGCCAAGCCCUACCACCAGGCCUACGAGCGCGGUGUCAAGAUCAUCGGCGCAACGGCCCACUUUGUCACGGCCGAUCUGGACGAGGGCCCCAUCAUCGAGCAACGCAUCGCCAGAGUCGAUCAUGGCAUGAGCCCCAAGGACCUCGUGGAAGAGGGAUCCAACAUCGAGAGCCAGGUUCUGGCUGCCGCUGUGAAAUGGACCGCCGAGGGACGCGUGUUUCUCAACAAGACGAAGACAGUCGUGUUUAACUAGCAUAAUGAUUAGGGGGGGGCUGCAUCCGAUCAUAAUAAAAAGCUUGUCUAGUCCUCACC